AUGGGUAAUAUUCAUCUUGGUCGGAAUGAACGUCCAGAACUAACCGAACGAGAAAUCACUUACAUCACUCUCCACACGAAUUUCUCUCGGAAGCAAAUCAACGAUUUUCACGUCCGAUUUUUAACUUAUUAUCCGCGCGGCUACGCGACAUUCGACCAAUUUUGUGACUUAUAUUCCAAUGAACUGAAACACCUCUGCCAUUCACGACCGUUACUCGAACGUUUGUUUAAUCAUAUCGACACGGAUAAGAACGGACGACUGAAUUUUAAAGAAAUUCUCUUUUUCAAAGCACUCAGUCUACCCGAAGCUGAUCCCGACGAGAAACUACGAUGGGUUUUCUUUCUCUACGAUUCGAAUGAAGACCGACAAAUCGACAUUGAUGAAUUUCUCGACCUUUGCUAUUUGAUCUAUCACAUUCACGGACGCUUAUUAACCAAUCGUCGAAUCAACGAAUUGAAAGCGUUAUUCAACAAACACGAUCAGGACGAAAAUGGACAAUUAAAUUGUCAAGAAUUCAUCGCAUUAUGUAAACAAUGCACUGAUUUACUGGAAUUGAUAGCUCCAAUGUUCAGUAAUACGAAAUGGAAUAUCAAUAAAGAAGAGGAAGCUCCCGACUUUGGAACAGCAAAUGAACUGACAGCAAUUCAAAUCGACUAUUUGAUAAAACGUUGCUUAACCAAAAGUGAAUUUGUUGAGUUCUAUCAACAAUUGCUUCCAUCAGCAUCAUCUGAUAUCUACUCGGAGUUCAUUUUUCGUGCAUUCGAUAAUUUGUCCAAAGACGGCUACAUCCAAUUCGAUGAAUUCCUUCUCGCUAUUUAUAUUCAUAGUAAUUCAAGUACCCCACGCGAAAAACUCGAAUGGUUAUACAACGCUUAUGAUUGCGAUGGUGACGGAACGAUCGAUUACAAUGAAGUUUAUCAGAUCGUUCAUGCGCUAUUUAUUUUAUAUGGAAUUGACUGUGAACGACACAGUGUGUCGUAUGUAGCGUACGAAAUCAUGGCUGUUUUAGAUUUAAAUAACGAUGAUAAGAUUUCCAGACAAGAAUUUAUGAAUAUGUUGAAAGAUAAAGAACUUACCAGCUUUUUGGCACCGUCGUUUGUGAAACAAAAAUGA